AUGUCAUACGGCGGUCCCCCUCAGCAACCUCCCUACGGAGGUGGCUAUCCGCCACCAAAUCAGGGUGGUUACGGCCAGCAGUACCCUCAGCAACAGGGCAAUUGGGGUCCUCCACCUCCUCAGCAGCACGGUAACUGGGGCGCUCCUCCAGGAGGUCCCCCGCCUCAACAAGGAGGAUGGGGUCCUCCACCAGGUCCGCCACAACAGGGUGGAUGGGGUCCUCCGCCAGGUGGUCCGCCACCACAGCAAGGCGGAUGGGGGCCUCCUCCGGGUGCUCCUCCCCAAUGGCAACAAGGACCGCCUCAACAGCAAGGUGGCUAUCCUCCUCCGCAGCAGGGUGGGUAUGGCCCGCCCGCGCAACCAUCCCCAGGCUAUGACCCGCGCGCUGUGGCACAAGGAGACGCUUCAAGAGACGCAGAUGCUUUGCGGGCUGCGAUGAAAGGUUUUGGUACUGAUGAGAAGGCUCUCAUCCGAAUCCUAUCCAAGCCAGAUCCUCUCCAGAUCGCCCUCCUCCGAAAUACCUACAACACGCGACUGCGCCGCAAUCUAGAGGCAGACAUAAAGUCGGAAACGUCAAAAUACUUCUGCGACGGGCUCGUCGCAAUUGUACAAGGUCCAUUAGGUCACGAUGUCCAUGAAGUAAACCGCUCUAUCAAGGGUAUUGGAACUAAAGAGUCGGUGCUCAAUGAUGUUCUUAUCGGUCGCUCCAAUGCCGACAUGCGCGCCAUUAAGCAAGCAUAUCAAGAAACAUUUCGCAAAUCUCUCGAGUCAGAAGUCAAGGGCGAUUUGUCCAUGAAGACCGAACAACUCUUCGGCCUCAUCAUGGCCGCCACUCGCGCCGAAGAAUCUGCACCCAUCGACCACAACCAAAUCGAUCGAGACGUGCAAGACCUCCAUCGCGCCAUGGACGCCCGAAUUGGCACUGACCAAAUCACCGUCUGCAGCAUCCUCUCCCAGCGAAGUGACGGUCAAGUCCGCGCAAUUGCUCACCACUGGAAGCAGAAGUACCACAGUGACAUGGAAAAAGUUGUCGACUCCGAAUUCUCCGGCCACAUGAAAGACGCCCUACUUUUGAUGGUCAGACGGGCUACUGACCGCGCCAUGUCAGAUGCACUCCAGCUCGAAGAAGCCAUGGCUGGCAUGGGCACCAAAGAUAAUUUACUCGUGGCAAGAAUUGUCAGACUGCACUGGAACAGACAGCACAUGGACCAGGUCAAGAGGGCUUACCAGCAUAGGUUCAAGAAGGACCUGAUCCAGAGAGUCAAGGGUGAAAUUUCUGGUGAUUAUGAAAACUUGAUGGUUGCUUGCUUGACUUGA